AAACCGAGAUGAGAAGAACUUUUUUCACACAGAGAGUGGUGAAUCUCUGGAACUCUCUGCCACAGAGGGUAGUUGAGGCCAGUUCAUUGGCUAUAUUUAAGAGGGAGUUAGAUGUGGCCCUUGUGGCUAAGGGGAUCAGGGGGUAUGGAGAGAAGGCAGGUACGGGAUACUGAGUUGGAUGAUCAGCCAUGAUCAUAUUGAAUGGCGGUGCAGGCUCGAAGGGCCGAAUGGCCUACUCCUGCACCUAUUUCUAUGUUUCUAUGUUUCUAUGUUUUGCUCAGCUCACCAAGACAUUGUUUGGGAACAUCUACUCAAACAUUGCAGUGGUCUGUUCACCAACGCUGCCUUUCCCAUGCACUGAUCACAGGUGCGAUGAGAUCAACUUGUUUUCGUAGACUUUGGAACGUAUGGCUGCUAAUUUUGCUGACAACUCCAUUUCACAAUGUAGCUGAAAUUGUCAGUUCAACCCUUACACUACACUACCCCACAGCAAUAAAGGCCCAUAACAUGUCUCUGGGAUAUAUGAGCACCCCCAGUAGCCCAGGAGUCACCCCUUAAUCAUAGUGGGGUUUUGUUAUGUUUUUUUUAGUUUAUUUUAGAGAUAUUGAAAUAUUCCCUAACCAAAGCGAACAGUGUUCUUCCAUCUCACAACCUAUCGUUAGAUUUUGUUAUGAAAUAUUUUGAAAUAUUGGGACAUAAACACACAGGAUGUGGGCGCUGCUAUAAACUAGUUUGACAAGCAAGAGGGUAAUGACUUGCCGAAGAAAUCCAUUGGUAGAUCUUGGUAAUUUUAUAGGUGCAUUUAUAAUACCUAAGUGAUCCAAUGAUAGGUUUUUUUUUGUUUCUUAAACUGUGAGCAAUUGACUUUGUGGCAGCAAUAAGAACAGAUUUACUAAGUCGGGUACAGUGUUUCUUUGGCUCCUCACGAAGAUGCCUCGUUUGAAUGGCACGAUGGAACAUGACUUUGUGAAGACAUUCCAGUAUGUCAUCCACAUCCCAACAUUCAUCCUGGGCCUGGCCAUCAAUUCAGUGGCGCUUUCGAUACUUUGCUUCAGAUUGAAGAAUUGGACAGAGUCUACGAUCUACAUGACCAACCUGAUAUUGUCCGACCUGCUUCUGCUUUGCUCGCUGCCUUUCAAAAUGCACGCCUUCCAGAAAGGGGAAGGUUGGCAUCUCGAUCCCAGCUUCUGUGACUUCGUGGAGUCCCUGUAUUUCGUCAACACCUACGCGACCAUCCUGGUAAUCAUGCUGAUCUCUCUGGAUCGUUACAUCGCUAUCAGGCAUCCCAUUCUGGCAAGAACCCUCCGCUCACCGAAGAAAGCCACCGUCGCCUGCAUCAUUGUGUGGCUCUGUGUCUGGUCUGCAAGUAUUCCCAAUUACUCCCAGACAAAUACUCAGCAGUGCUUUUCGAAUUUCACUACAUUUUGGGACCGUGGUAUAAUCCCCUUGAUCAUGCUUGCUAUAUUUUUGAUUGCUGCCUUUGCUAUGAUUUUCUGCAGUAUUACGAUAAUAAGAACGUUGCAAAGAGUGGUUGAAGAGACAGAAAUAGACAUGAGCACAUCUAUGAAAAUAAUCUCUUGUAACCUGGUAACUUUUCUUCUCUGCUUUACCCCAUGUCACGUGGCCAUGUUACUGUACCUUAUGGUCAGGAAUAAUUACAUACCGGACGAUUACCAUGCACCGCUGCGUGUGUUUCUCCAGACCUCCCAGAUUCUGGCAACAACUAACUGUUGUCUGGAUGCCAUGUAUUACUAUUUGAUCAUUAAGGAGUACUGGGAAUCAAAAAUUACAAACGCUUGAUUGCCUGCUUGCCUUCAUUACUUGAGCAAUAACGGACCAUCAGUCUGAAGAUGGGUGCUGACCCAAAGUGUCACUGUUUCCUUUUCUCCAGAGAUGCUGCCUGACACGUUGAGUUACUCCAGCUUUUUGUGUCUAUCUUCAAUGGAUACGGAAAGUUCUCUUCCGAUUUUAUUUUGACAUGCGGUCUCCUGUCACCAUUUCGACAACGCUGACAGGCUGAAAUGGGGAGGGAAUUACAUUGUGUGAUAUUUGUAAAAUCAAAGUCCAUCUUAUUAGCUUGUAUAUUUCCAACACACAAACUGGUAGUAUCAUGAAUACAUUUUUAAAAUUAACUUCAAUGCAGUUGUGUGUGCUUGGCCUGCUUGGUUAGAUUGGUAGCAGUUAUGUGAUUGUAAAUUAAUAUGCUGGUGUUGAGUGAUCUUGUCAAAGAAAGUUGUUCUUGUUAGAAAAUGUCAGCAUUCACUAAUUAUCUAGGUGUUUAUUUGGUUUGUUAGUUUAGUUUAUAAAUACAGCACAGAAACAGGCCAUUCGGCCCACAGAGUCCGUGCUGACCAGCGAUCACCCAUACACUAGCUCUAUCAUAGAAACAUAGAAAUUAGGUGCAGGAGUAGGCCAUUCGGCCCUUCGACACUAUCCUACACACUUACAAACCUGCACAUCUUUAGAAUGUUAGAGGAAAACCAAUGCAGUCACAGGGAACAUAUACAAACUCCAUUUAGACAGCCC